GAGGGAUGAGGUUCAAAUGAAGCGGGCGUUCCUGUUUUACGGUCGUCGCUGAUGCGGUUGUUGACGUCAACCCAGACGCAAUUUGAGGGUGUAAGUAUCGUGCACGGGCACUGGAUUUCUGCCUUACACAUCCCAUCCCAUCGGGAGCGUGAUUACUGUACACAGGAGUACCUGGACCUUCCGGGCGGCAGAAGCUGUCGUUAGCUUUGGUUUUGUUUGAGUUACCCACAUUCCCACAGUUAAAGCAACUCUAAGACUUAUAUUUUCCUCCUGCCGAGUUCACGAGUCCUUUGAACUUCUCAGAGACGCAAGAGGUUCUGGCUGAACGAAGAAAAUGAAGACGUCACUCCUCCGUAUGGUCCACAACCUCCUCCUCUUUCCAGCGAUGAUGGCCUUUCUGGUCUUCAUCCAGCCUGCCUUGUUGUUCUUCAGGUUCUCUCGAUGGGUAUCGCGCUUGCUGGGAUUCAUAUGCGACAGUGCAUGGGACCGAGCCGUGGUCAUAACGGGAGCAUCGUCUGGAAUCGGUGAGCACACAGCGUACGAGUUUGCAAGACUGGGGGCUAAGCUCUUGAUCGUCGCCAGGCGGGAGGAGAGACUAAGUGUGGUAGGAGAGAGGUGCCGACGGCUAGGGGCGAAGAAGGUGGUCUGCAUGGGCGUGGACGUAACGGACGACCAGCAGUGCAAGGCUAUGGUGGAAAGAGCUGUGGCUGAGCUGGGUGGGGUUGACUUCUUGGUGAACAAUGCAGCUGUGGCCGAAAAUGUGCUGUUUAAAGAUAUAAAAGGUGUCGAGGCCAUGACGAAGGAGGUGGAUGUGACUUUCUGGGGAAGCGUCUAUCCCACACACUACGCGCUGCCUUAUCUGAUGAAGAGCGAAGUUGGGAGGAUCGUAGUGGUGGGCUCCAUGCUAUCUUUCAUUCCUUAUCCCAGGCUGAGCAUGUACGUGGCAGCCAAGCACGCGCUCCUUGGACUGUACGACAGCAUAGCCGUUGAGCUCCGUGGGAAGAUAGGUGGUGUCACCUUCGUUGCCCCAGGAUGGAUAGAGUCAGAGAUGACGUCCGGUAAGUUCCUCGAGGGUGAUGAGGGAAAGGUUGUUCGCGACGAGGAAGCGCGGGACGAAGUCGUUGGGCCCGCCAUUGUCACCCCUGUGAGGGAAUGCGCGAAAGCGAUUGUCGACGGAGCUUUGCAUCGUGAACACUAUGUCUACGUUCCUUAUUACUACUCGCCUCUGAUGUAUUACAGAUUGUUUGCUUGGGAGGUUAUUGAGUCCGUGUUCCACCGCAUGUUCCUUCCCCGCGAGCAUCCUCUCAGCCAGAAGCUUGUCCGGUGGCUUGGCCGCGUUACGUACCCAUCCUCGAUUGUCGGGGAUGGAGUCAAGAAAGAGUGAGCGAGGAGGUGCGUUUGACUACACGCAUGUGCAUGCUGCCGUCUUUAGACAAAUAGAGCCGCCCCCUCAUUAAAUCCGAAGGGAAGGCAAUUUUCAGACUUGUGGUCAGGGACAAUGACCCAGGCGUUCUGUUCCUGUGAUGAGUGUGAAGACCGUGGGCUCGCUCUUUGACCGGUCCUCGGUAUCCGUUGUUAUGGGUGGAGGAGGUCUCAGUGAGGGGCAGCAGCGAUUCACUUCGUCUUUUUCUGAGCGAAGGACGGUAGAUUUGAGAGGAGGCAUUCGUGGAUCAGUCGAAGCAAUAUCUUUUUGUAGACUCGUGUAGAGCAGAUCAGAAAUGAUCUGUGACUGACGAAGAGAUUUUCCUCGUUGGGCGUGUCCUGCUUCGAUUUUGAAACUGGCCUUCCGUUGGUUUUCAUAGCUGAUCUGCUUGAUCGUACGGUCACGGAUUUUCGAGUUGCGCAUAUAUAUAUAUAUAUGUGUAUAUAUAUAAUCAAAAGAGAGCUGCCCGGUAAACCGUAGGCAGAGAGGGAGGGAGGGAGAAGAGGACAACAAACGAGGGGCUGUGUCAAACUGUUUCGUCGGAGUUUCACCGACUCGUAAGAUACAUAUAUGUAUGUAUAUCUACACCCAUAGGUUUAUUACAUCCAUAGGUUUUAUACACCCAUAGGUUUUGAUCGUUUGUAGAGGGGAACCCAAAAAAAAAAAGAUCGUCUUGAGUGUAGAGGCUUAUAAACCCACAUCCUUGUGAGUUCUAGGCUAACGGCCUUGGCGUGUGUGGGGUGCUUGCUUGUUUUUUUGGGUCGAUUUUUGGACGAGUGUGGCUUUGUUUCCAGUUCAAACCAACACAGAUUUUGGACGUUUCUGAGUCUAGAGGAGGUGUACAUACCCAUACUAGGCCUUCUGACGUUUCUGAGUCCAGAGGAGGAGGUUUAUAUGCCCAUACUAGGCCUUCUGAAUACCAGACGGUCUUGACGGGUGUCGCUGGCUUGCUUGUUUUUAUUUUUGAAUGUCGGAGGGGUGUGCAUUUGUUUCCCAGUUCAGCCACGAUGUUCGUAUCUGUAGUAGGCGUCCAAAUUGGUCAUCAAUGAUUACUAUAUUUUGGUAGCGUCAAUGUAUAUUUAGUCUGUGUUGUCGGGUGUUAGUGAGUGUGUGACUGUUGCCAUAGUUGCUCCCCUACGAUUCCUCUCCCCGCCCUCCCGCCCGCAUCCCAAAUAAUUUUGAUAGCGCUUUCACGACGCUUUUCGAUCCGAUUGUUGGACGAAGCUCUAUGGAGGGCAUGACUGUGAUAGGUGAAGUUGCCGGGUAUUCUCCUCUUAAGUUUCUUUUCUACGUGAAGUUCGCGAGUACUCUUCUCUGAAGUUUCCUUUCUACUGCGCAUUUGUGCAAGCCUUAGAACGUGGGAAACGUUCGUGUACCAGCGCUCGAGACGCU